UCUGCCCAAUAUAAUGUCAGGAGUAGGAGUAAUGUCACUAAAUAGCUUUUUCAGCUGAUCGAUAACAGGUGCAAAUUGCAGGUUGGUUGAUAUAUGUUUUCCAAUUUGAUCAUCUGCUUGUCUGUACACUGCAGCUAAAAUUUGUACUGCUUGAGUGAAUGCUCAAUACUUCAAAUGUCGUUGCUGUAUCAGAUUGAAGAUAUAUUGCAACACCAUCUGUUGCUUAUCUGCGAUUUUCUUUUCUUCAGGAACUUUCUGCGCGAAACAUUUUCUUUACUUGAUAUCAACUCUUCGUCUUUCACUUCACAAGUGAUUGUUUUUUCUCCAAUUUUGCAAAACAAGUAAAAAAUUUGUGGAAUUAAUAAUAUUACUAUGAAAACAGCCAAUGACUUUAUAUCACAACUAGUGGAUGAUGGGUACCCAUCACAACCCUGGCCAUCUUCCACAUUUGAAAAUGACUUCAUUCUGUUGUCAGAAUUUUCAGAAAUGGUUGGACCAAAACCAAUUUUCACAAUUCCGAUGCAGCAAAAUUCAAAAUUUGAUUUAAAUGAGUUUGCUGUACGAAUAAUGUCUGUAGAUUGUGUGUCGAUAAUGCAAACCACUGAUUUUUCAAGUUUCAACAUUGCUGGUGAUAUUCAGGUUGUACUAACAGAAUCAAAAGAAGGUGCUGUUGCUUACGUACACCAUUUUGUUCUUUACGAUAUUUGCGCACGUGGCUUUGUUCGUCCAUACUGUCUGGCGUACAUCACUCGAAAUUAUACUGAACUGAUGGCGAAAUUCAACGAUCUGUUAGGAUACUUUCAAACUGUUUCGUCUUUAUACCACUUCGGUAAUACUCUGAAUUUCCUCCUUGAUCUGUCGCUACGGAUGCAACAUUUGACAGAGCUUAAAGAUGCCUUACAAUGCAGCACGAAAGAUAUUUGCAUUGAUGGUAAGACUCUCACACAAUCACAGAAAGAAAGCAUCUCCCUAGCAUCAUUAGAUGAAUCUAUGCAACAAUUGAAAGAACUAACUUCAAUCUUCAAAGCUUAUUGCGAGCGGGAUAUGUUUCAAGAACAUCGUGAUAUUUUUCGACAAAGGUAUGAAGAGAUUCUCAACUGUAGCGUAGACACGACGGAAUCAAGUGAAACAGACUCCUGCGCAGUGGAUGAAGGCAUUCCACAAGAAGAUGGGUUUCAACUUGAUAUUGAGGGUGACGGCAUUACCAUAGAACCCAAGUCCGCUCACCAUGUGCCAUCUGAUGUUGUGUCUUCCAUAUUAGGGAAGAAAUAUGACAAACCCCUUCGAAAUUUAAACACACUUUGUGACGUGACAUUUGAUCCUGGAAUUGAGAUGCUUAAGUAUUGUUUAGACUCGAUUACUCACGAAGAGUAUUCAAAACAUACUUCGCCUUCUCUAAAUGGUACAUUCAACCAAGCGUCUAAACUGCAGUUUGGUAUGUUUGAGUUUUCUGUGACGCCCUUCUCUUCCGCUCACCGCGGUUGUGAUUUGCAUACCAAGGAAACAGCAUGUCAGUCUUCUUUACAAAACCUAUUGCUUGUGAAAGCUGGGUACGAGCUUCGCGAAUCUAACGCUUCAAACAAAGUGGAUAUCAUCAAACUUGACUCGGUAGACGGCACACAAAAAGUGACGAUGAAUAUCAACAAUUCUUUCCUAUCUGAUUUAAAAAUAACAAAUAUACCCUCUCCUGUACAUAGUUCGUCAAAGUUGCCGGUCCGAUUAGAUUCUUACGUCAAUAUACCGUCAGUGACGUCCGAUGUAGCGCUUGACGUGCAUUCAUCGACGUCACAACAAAGUAGCACCGUUAAUAUCAGUGCAAACCAGAGCGAAGGUUCACCAGACUCUUUUAAAGAUGCGUUAGAACAUUUUUCCAGCAAGAGUUCCACGCCUGAUUCGCUUUUCACAAAAAUUGAAUUCAACCGUUGCAGUAGUGUCAUAAGCACCGCGAGCAGUUUUUCAAAUACUUCCGAACAUUUGAAGUAUUCUAAAGUUUCGUUAUUGUCUUUACGAAAGAAAUAUUCGUUUCUUCCUCAUGCCGUGUUUUCGUUGUUCAUUGGUCGUCCCUUGAUCGUACUUGGUGAAGAGAAGCAUAUGAAGAACAUAAAACGGAUUAUAUACGGAUUUGCUAACUUUCUUGUUACAAGUGACCACGCGGUGAGGAAAAUCAUUCCAUGGUCAACGGAGAUGAUUAAAUUGGAAGAAAUGGAGAAAGUUGGAUUGUGUGGCUUAAUGAAAAGUAACAGCGGUAUUUCAAACUCUUUAAAACCUUAUGUAUCAAUAAUAGAUUAUGAAAACCAAACAUUGGUUGCUCCUGUCUAUACCGGUAAAUUUCUGGCAGAUAUGUUCGAGACAAGUAAACAUUUUACGACAGAACAUGUCUAUAGGAGAUAUGUGCAUCAGAUAUUUUCACAAAUCAUGAACAUUGUUUAUGUACAGUUCACGGCGAAAUAUGCACAGUCCGGUAAAUACGGCGUAGCGAAUAUAUACGGCUUGCGCUUAUAUGGUGAUAUACAUAUGAUGCAGGGAAAGUUAUUAGCAGGCGAUUUAUUGAUAUUGCGAGAAUUGGUUGAAAGACUUCGAGAGCAAGUGAUGAGUGCUGUGUGUAAUGAAGGAGAUUUAGAGAUGAUUGUAACGGCUGCAAGAAAGACCAUCAAGUUGAAUACACUUAAGUCUUCACUUUUUGUCAACAAAAAUAAGAAGUGAAGAUAUGACCGUUGAAAUUUUUGUGUGAAACAUUUAUAAGCACUGUAAUAUAUCAGCACUUUUCACUACCUUAAAAUUUCUUUGUGUGAUAAAAGGAAAACUACUAUUUCGGAAUAUUCUUUUCAACCUUGUUUCAGUUGUUUGUUUUUGUUGUUGUUGAUGUUGUUAUUGUUGGAUUUCCGUGUAAGAAAGUAUUCUGAUUAAAGUUGAUAGUGAGAAUUGCAACCUCACUUAUGAAUAUGUAUUCGCAGAAAAAUAUACAAAAUAUAGCUGCAUCAUUACAAAAAAAUUAUUUGUUCCAUUUUUGUAUUCGGCUUUAUUUUUAGUACCCCAUUUGAUGUCUACAAACAAGUAUUUUUAAGAAUUGGAGUGUAAUAUAUUUUUAUACGAAUUUUAAACUGAAGUAAAAUUAUAUUUUUAAUCGUUUUUUAAAAUAAUGUUAUGUUUCAAAUAAAUUGCUUGUUU